AUGAAGCUUGUUCAGAGCCUGGCGGGCUUCCCUCGCCUGCUGCUGGCCGGCAAUCCUUCGAAAAUCGACCUUGGCAUGCUUCUGGUGGCCAUCCUGAGUGCGAUAGCGUCCGGCGUGCCUUUUCCAAUCAUCGGUAUUCUAUUUGGUCAGCUUCUCGACGAUUUCAACGCAGCGACAUGUAAAUCAGGCGAUUCCUCCGGCGACGGCGACCAAGGAAGCAUCAACGACAAGAUCUUGAUCAUCGUGUAUCUGGCCAUCGCUCAAUUCGUCUUGAUUUACAUCCAUCUUUCCUUCUGGACCCUGAACGGCGCUCGGCUGGCGCAGCGACUACGAGAAUCCUACUUGCAGAACCUACUUCGACAAGAACCCUCAUUCUUCGACGAUCUUCCUCCCGGUGAGGUAGCCUCUCGGCUCAAUGGCGACAUCCAAACCAUCCGCUCGGGCACAUCUGAGAAAGUGGGAAUCUGUCUUGCGAGUUUUUCCUUCUUCGUUACUGCCUACAUCGUGGCGUUCAUCAAGGAUACGAAGCUUGCAGGCAUGCUCGUUUCGUUGAUCCCGGCCUACUUCCUCAUGUCCUUUGUUGGAAGCCAUUAUAUCGAGAAGUACUCGGGACUGAUGUCAGAACAUGCUGCCACUGCCGCUUCAAUUGCUUCAGAAGCCCUUUCGAACUUCACCGUUGUACAGGCCUUUGGCGCAAACGAUCGAUUGGAGGAGAAAUUCUCCAAGGCGCUGAAGUCUUCAGAAACGGAAGGACUAAAAAAGGCCACUGCGGUUGGCAUUCAAUCAGGAGUUCUGUAUUUCGUCGCCUAUUCUGCGAACGGUUUGGCAUUCUGGGAAGGUAGCAGGCAAGUUGCCCGUACGGUGAACGGCGAAUCUGGCGGCGCUACUGUUGGCGCCACAUUUACAGUCAUCUUUAUCCUGGUUGAAGCGACCUUGCUCCUGAGUCAGGUUGCCCCAUUUAUUCACCUGUUCACAGCAGGAGUUGCUUCGUACGAAAAGCUACAUGCGGACAUCACUCGCGAGCCGAAGAUUGAUGGCACUACCCCUUCGGGCCAUCGCAUCACUCAGGCAGAGGGUGGUUUCGAGCUAAACGAAGUUUCGUUCAGCUAUCCUUCGAGGCCCGAGGUCACCGUGCUUGACAAGGUUUCUCUCAGUAUACCCGCCAACAGGCAUACUGCGAUUGUCGGUCUUUCGGGAAGUGGCAAGUCGACCAUCGCUGGCUUGGUCACAAGACUCUAUGAUCCCACGGAAGGGCAAAUCCUGUUCGAUGGUCACGAUCUUCGUGAAGUCAAUACUCGUGAUUUGAGAAGUUUCGUCAGUUUGGUCCAGCAGGAACCGAACCUCUUGGAUCGUUCUCUUCUGGAGAACAUCGCUCAUGGUUUGAUCAACUCAAGCAGUCCUAGCCAUUUGCCUCUGAGAACAGCUCUUCUCAGCUCCGAUCUUGCAGACAUCGCUGGCGAAGUUAGAGAAGGGAAGGACUUGGUUGAAGUAGCAGAGAAAAAGGGUCCAGAGUUUGUUGAAAUCGUCAACCUGGUACAGAAAGCUGCACAACUCGCGGACGCAGAAGCUUUCAUCGUUGCAUUGCAACAUGGAUUUGGCACGGUCGUCGGAUCCAGUGGACGUCUGAUCAGCGGUGGCCAGAAGCAACGAAUUUCUCUUGCUCGAGCACUUGUCAAGGACCCCGCCGUACUUAUUUUGGACGAAGCCACAGCAUCCCUAGAUUCGCGGAGUGAACAACGUAUCCAACGGGCUAUCUCGAACAUUGCCAGCGGAAGAACCAUGAUCACGAUUGCUCACCGUUUAUCAACAAUUACUAGUGCAGACAACAUCAUUGUCAUGCAUAAAGGUCACAUUGUUGAGCAAGGGGACCAUGCAAGCCUAAUGGCGAAGGACGGAGCAUAUGCUGAUCUGGUUAAACUGCAAACCCUAUCCACGCAUGACAAGAAUAACUCCACAGUCAGCGUUGAUACCGUUGGCAAAACCGAUCAGAUCUCUUCAGACGGUGACCUCGAGACAAGCACUCUUGACGGUCUCGGAGACGAUGAGAAGAAGCCCGAAACGACUGAGACUUCAGUUGCCGAGCCUGCAGAGGAGUCUGAGGAGCCGGAUACGCCGAACAAGUCUCUAUGGGCUCUCGUCAAGGGUUAUGCACCCACCCUGAGGCCGCAUCUGCUUUUCCUUGUUCUUGCUCUCCUUGGCUCUAGUAUCGUUGGCGGAGCCUUCUCGGGUGAAGCGGUGAUCUUUGGAAAUACCGUUGGAAGUCUGGACCCCUGCAACAGCGCGGAUUACAUUCGAUCCAGGGGUGAUUUCUUUGGACUCAUGUUCUUCGUGCUCGCAAUCAUCGAGUUCUUUGCAAACGUGGUCAGCUGGACCGGAUUCGGAUGGGUUUCGGAGAAAGUGGUUUACACCGUCCGAGUUCUAUCCUUCCGGUCACUGAUGGAGCAAGACCUCCAAUGGCACCAAUCCAAGGGACGCUCACCACCGUUGCUCCUCUCGUACAUCACCAGGGAUGGUAACGCUCUGGCUGGACUGAGCGGCUCUGUCAUCGGCACACUAUUCUCGAUUACUGUCAACCUCAUUGCAGCCAUUAUUCUGACGCACAUCAUCGCGUGGAGAAUUGCUUUAGUUUGCUUGGCUCUGGUCCCGCUUCUGCUUGGUGCUGGUCUGAUGGAGCUUCACGUACUCGGCAAGUUCGAGGAACGUCACGAGAACGCUUAUACCAAGUCGGUUGACAUUGGUGUCGAGGCAAUCACCUCCAUCAAAACGAUCGCGUCUCUUUCUCUUGAAGAAGAAACGCUGAAGACCUAUCAGCGGUCCUUGAAGGGCCCCCGUAAGGAAACCCUGACAGUUACCUUACAAGCAAGUCUCUGGCAGGCGAUGACUUACUUCCUCGGUAAUCUCGUGAAUGCGUUGGCCUAUUGGUGGGGUGCCAAACAAAUCUUAGCUGGCAACUACACCCAAACGCAGUUCCUGAUUGUGGUAUUCUCUCUGCUUGUCAGCGCCUUACUUUGGAGUCAAAUGUUUGCUCUGGCACCGGAGCUUUCGGCUGCCCGAGCUGCUAUGGCUAGGCUGCUGGGUCUUAUUGAAAUCGGAUCCGACAAGAUGCAGGGACACGUACCUCCUCGUUCUCCCACUGCAGCUACAUCUGGAGAGGAAGAAGCAGCCGUUGAGACCAAGCAACUACCACUUGACAACAAAGCCUCCAGUGUCCAGCUCCGCGACGUCCACUUUUCGUACCCAGCCCGACCAGACAUCAAGGUCAUGAAUGGUUUGACCGUUGAUAUUAAACCCGGAAAGUUCGCUGCCCUCGUCGGCCCCAGUGGUGCAGGCAAAUCGACAAUCAUCUCCUUAGUCGAACGCCUCUACACGCCUCAAUCCGGCUCCGUCAUAAUCGACGGCGUCGACAUCACCAAGCACCGUGACGUCGCCUUCCGCAACUCCAUUGCCCUCGUGCCGCAGGAAAGCGUCCUCUUUGAAGGAACAAUCAAGUUCAACAUCAGCUUCGGCGCAAGACCAGGUCAUGAGGUCUCGCAAGCCGAUAUCGAAGAAGCAUGCAAAUUAGCGAACAUUCACGAUACAAUCGCCGCUCUUCCCGAUGGGUACGACACUCUCUGCGGCCCCAACGGAAGCCAGUUCUCUGGAGGCCAGAAACAGCGUCUCUCCAUUGCCAGAGCUCUGGUGCGGAAACCAAAGCUGCUUAUCCUUGACGAGUCAACUAGCGCGCUUGAUGCGGAGUCUGAGAAGUUGCUGCAGGAUGGCCUCGAGAAGGCUGCCAAGGGGAUUACGGUUAUCGCAAUUGCGCAUCGGUUGCACACAAUUAAGAAGGCCGAUGUCAUCUUUUUGAUUGAGGCUGGCCGGUGUGUUGACUACGGCUCGCAUGAUGAGCUCUUGGCCAGGUCCGAUAGCUACAGGGCUAACGUCAUGCACCAGACCGUUGCCACUUAG